AUGAAGCAUGAUGUAAUCGUCGGUAAGAAGUUCUUCAACCGGCAUGACGUCCUGGUAGACUCUCCCCAGCAACGUUUAUUGUUCCCAGACGAAUGGAUACCCGACUAUCGUGCGUUGCCCGAGAUCUCCAUGGACUCGGCAGGGUCCUUGCUCAAAGAUGUCGCAUACGAUCAGGAUGCAGUCAGACGCGACAAGCUGAUGGAGACCGAUGAUAAACAACGCCGCGCUUCACAACGCAAUUCCCGACGCAGCGACAUCAAGACCCAGAAACAGGUACGAGACGAUCAACGGACAAUGACUCUUUUUAAGCCUGUUACGUCAGUAUCAUACGUCCAUGUAUGUGAUAUCCCGAUCGCCGCAGUGCGCCAUGACCAGCCCCUCGACGGUCAUUCCAUACAAGCAACAGAGAUCUUUGUUCUUGACGAUGCCGAUCCGCCCGAGUUCUCGGGUAUUGCACUGAAUGACGAACUGUUGCACGCCAACAAGGAAGAUGCGUCUCUUGCCAAGUAUCGCAAGAAGGAAGGCGAUGGCUCAAGCAUCGACUGGACCAUGUCUGGAGAGCUCGUACUCUUCUGCGGACGCCUCGCUGUCCCUAACUCGAACAAUCUUUACACCCGCGUUGUUGCCAAAGCACACUCGUCUCUGGCGACAGCUCAUCCUGGAAUCAACAAGACCCGUCAGAUGGUCUCCAAACGAUAUUGGUGGCCGAAUCUUAACGGCUUUGUCAUUCAAUACAUUGAGAACUGUACGUGCAAGCCGUUCAAGAACCCUCGCGACAAGACUCCAGGGUUGUUGAUGCCUCUCCCGGUCCCGGAAGGGACUUGGCAAGACCUGACGAUCGAUUUCAAGACCAUGCCAAAAGACAAAGAUGGAUAUGACAACUUGUUCGUCGUCAUUGAUCGAUUAUCAAAGAUCCCGUGGUCUACCCCGUACUUUGACACAGCUACCGCACAGGAUGCAGCAUGGAUGGUUUACAACGGACCUUAUCAUGUCCUUGGAUGGCCCCAGACCUUUACAAGUGACCGCGGUCCUCAAUUCAUCUCCGCCUUUACUGACGAACUCUCCAAGAUUCAUGGUACCAAGCUCGAAUUCUCUUCAGCAGGUCACAAACAAUCCGUUGGCCAAGUGGAGAUCAUGAACAAGUACAUCGACCAGCGGUUACAACCAUUCGUAAACCACUUUCAAGACAAUUGGGCUAGAGCCAUCCCAGCCAUGGAUGCUGCUCAGGUCUCCUUGCCGCACGAGUCAUUGGGCGGCCUCUCGCCUCGUGAAGUAUUGACAGGCCGACCGAUGAAGAUGUCAUUCGAUUGGGAAGCUCGCACUAAGGUGCUUGCGAAGCUUCCUAAACAAGAACGCCUCACCAGAUCCGAAGCUCAGGAGAUGGCACGCCAGAUCCAGACGUGGGCAGCAUAUGCCCGUGGUGCCAUUAAGAAGGCCCAAGACCGGAUGGUUCAAUAA